UUGAACCUGUCAACAAGUUGUUCCCCUGUCAACAAAAAAGUUGUCUCGCGAGUAUUCAAUGGCGUCUUAUAAGUCAUUUUUUCUUUAAACUGUGAGUCAAAAAUCUCCGAAGUGAAAGCUCCUGUGAAGACUAGAAGUGUAACUGUAGCGCACGCACACACACAAAAGUAAGGUAAUGUCGGCAUUGGACAGGCCAGCGACAGAGCUGACAGUAUUGGACGUGUAUGACAUCGCAGCGGUGCUAGCUCAGGAGUUCGAGCGGACCAUCGACAGGUUCGGCUGUGAGGCUCUGGUCGGUGUGGUGCCGAAGGUGGUGCGCGUUCUCGAGCUGCUGGAGAAGCUGGUGAGCCGCGGAGCCACUGGGCAGGAGGCCGACGACGAGCUGCAGAGGGAGUUGCUCAGUCUGCGGAAGGAGCGCGGCGACAGGCACGCUCAGGAGAGGAAGCACCACCAGGAGCUGGAGCAGGUGGAGGACGUGUGGCGAGCAGAGGUGCAGGAGCUUCUCUCGCAGAUCGCUCGGCUUCAGGCGGAGAACAAGAAGCUUCUAGUGAGCCUCUCGCACAAUGACUCUCCAGUCGCUGAGGAAGACCUGCAGAGGCAAGAGGGGACGUCAGAGAAGGAAAGGGAAGUGACGAAGAAGCUGAAAGACGUGGUGGACAAACAGCGGGAUGAAAUCCGGAGUAAAGACCACGAGCUGACUCUAAGAAAUGACGACAUCGAGGCGCUCCAGACGCAGCAGCAUCGCCUGAUCAGGAUCAACCAAGAUCUACGUCACAGGUUGGGUGUGAUGGAGGCGCAGAGCAAGGCGGUCAUGCAGCAGCGGGCUCAGCUGGAGGUGGCGGCGCAGGCCCGUCAGCAGGAGCUGCUCGCACUGCAGGUGGAGGCGAGGCGUCUGAGGAAGGAGCUGCAAGAGUGGGAGCUGGAGAGAGAGGUGGUCAAGAUGGAGAAGAGCUGCUUUUCCUCUCCCUGUGUCUCCACAUUGUCUACAUCGCCACGGUCGACCGACGCGGCGCCGUCCAACGACUCCGUGAAGCCGAGUUCGGUGUGGGUGGAGUGUGGAGGAGAUCCUGGCUGCUUGGGGAUUCACCCCAGCUCCUCCUCCAUCAUGAGCGCAACUAGUGGAGAAAUGAAUGGCAGCAUGAGCGACGGAGAGGAGGACGUGUCGGCACUGUUACUGGAGGGGACCAGCAGUCUGGAGCAGGAGUCAGACCAAGCUCCAUGCUUCACCCUGCAGGAGCUUCGUGAUGUCCUGUACGAGAGAAAUGAACUCAAGUCUCAAGUGUUCCUCCUGAAGGAAGAACUGGCCUAUUAUAAAAGUGAGGAGUUUGAGGUGGAUGCGCUUGUUGGUGCUUCAUCUUCGCCUUCACCUUCUCCACCAUGCGAUGCCUCCUCUGAUCAGCCUGAAUCAGGAAUUCGACGCCUGAUCUUCACUGCCAUCAUGCCCAUGGUUGCGGCUGGUUUAAUCGCAGACGAUCCCACAUUGUUGCCCAUCCGGCGCCUUGUUUCUUUAGUAUGACCUUACGUUUUUAAAUCAUUCUCUUAAAAUGUUUAUUUUUACAUAGCUGCCGCAAAGCCAAACGAAUGUACCAUAAGAGGUAUGUGAUGCACAUUUUAAGCAAAUAUGGGUUUAUAUGUUGGACAGUCUUAUGUCGUCAUGGCAUCAUCAUAUGUCAUCAUUAUGUCACCAUUAUGUCAUCUUAUCUGUUGCUAUCGAGACACUUAAUGAACAAUAAGGGAGCUUUUGUCCAAGUAUGUCGAGAAUUUUAGCGCAAUUGUUUUGCAUUUUUAACUCUUGGCUCUUAAAUGAACGAAAGACGUGCUUGCUCUGCUUUAAAUGAAGCCAAAUACCAAAAAAAUGUGUAAGUAUUCACAGUAAUUGUUGGAGGGCUACACCAGUGGUCCCCAGCCUUUUUUGACCCACGGACCAGCUUGUGUUCCCACAAAUCUCCCGCG